UGUGUGUGUGUGUGUGUGUGUACGACGGGGCAGCGAGGGUCCCCACUUUAAGUAUGAGUAGCAUUGUUCACAUGUUUGCCAGUAUUUUGGAGCCUGGCAGGCCGGGCUAGAGGCUGCGGGGGACGCCUCCAAGUUCCCACCCGGGACAUCCUGAACAGCAGCAGCCACAACAACAGGCUCGCCCGUAGACAAAGGGGCCGGCGCGGCGGAGCAGACUGGUGCAGCCUGGCCCUCGCGCUCGGAGCGCUGGGCGUCGGGGCAGCGGAGUGGGCAGAGCUGACCCGGUGCGGGUCGGAGUCAGGGCACCCGGAAAACCCGGCUCUGGGUAGCAGACCCCGCCCGGGCUGGCUCGGCGCCGGGUCUUCGGGCUUCCCCUCAGUCUUUGACCCUCGGUCCUCGCUCAGCGGCCCCGCAGGCCGUGCAACUGUAACCGCUGCCCCGGCCGCCGCCCGCUCCUUCUCGGGGCCGGCGGGCACAGAGCGCACCGCGGCGGGGCCGGCGGCAUGGCUGUGUCCUGGAGGAGCUGGCUAGCCAACGAAGGGGUUAAACACCUCUGCCUGCUUAUCUGGCUGUCCAUGAAUGUCCUACUUUUCUGGAAAACCUUCUUGCUGUAUAACCAAGGGCCAGAGUAUCACUACCUCCACCAGAUGUUGGGGCUAGGACUGUGUCUAAGCAGAGCCUCCGCAUCUGUUCUUAACCUCAACUGCAGCCUUAUCCUUUUACCCAUGUGCCGAAUACUCUUGGCUUUCCUCCGAGGAUCACAGAAGGUUCCAAGCAGGAGAACCAGGAGAUUGUUGGAUAAAAGCAGAACAUUCCAUAUUACCUGUGGUGUUACUAUCUGUAUUUUCUCAGGCGUGCAUGUGGCUGCCCAUCUGGUGAAUGCCCUCAACUUCUCAGUGAAUUACAGUGAAGAUUUUGUUGAACUGAAUGCAGCAAGAUACCGAAAUGAGGAUCCUAGAAAACUUCUCUUCACAACUGUUCCUGGCCUGACAGGGGUCUGCAUGGUAGUGGUGCUGUUCCUCAUGAUUACAGCCUCUACAUAUGCAAUAAGAGUUUCUAACUAUGAUAUCUUCUGGUAUACUCAUAACCUUUUCUUUGUCUUCUACAUGCUGCUGAUGUUGCAUGUUUCAGGAGGGCUGCUGAAGUAUCAAACUAAUUUAGAUACCCACCCUCCCGGCUGCAUCAAUCUUAACCGAACCAGCUCUCAGAAUAUUUCCUUACCAGAAUAUUUCUCAGAACAUUUUCAUGAACCUUUCCCUGAAGAAUUUUCAAAACCAGAAGAGUUUACCCAGAACACAUUUGUGAAGAUUUGUAUGGAAGAGCCCAGAUUCCAAGCUAAUUUUCCACAGACUUGGCUUUGGAUUUCUGGACCUUUGUGCCUGUACUGUGCCGAAAGACUUUACAGGUAUAUCCGGAGCAAUAAGCCAGUCACCAUCAUUUCAGUCAUAAGUCAUCCCUCAGAUGUCAUGGAAAUCCGAAUGGUCAAAGAAAAUUUUAAAGCAAGACCUGGUCAGUAUAUUAUUCUACAUUGUCCCAGUGUAUCUGCAUUAGAAAAUCAUCCAUUUACCCUCACAAUGUGUCCAACUGAAACCAAAGCAACAUUUGGGGUUCAUCUUAAAAUAGUAGGAGACUGGACAGAGCGAUUUCGAGAUUUACUACUGCCUCCAUGUAGUCAAGACUCCGAAAUUCUGCCCUUCAUUCAAUCUAGAAAUUAUCCCAAGCUGUAUAUUGAUGGUCCUUUUGGAAGUCCGUUUGAGGAAUCACUGAACUAUGAGGUCAGCCUCUGUGUGGCUGGAGGCAUUGGAGUAACUCCAUUUGCAUCAAUACUCAACACCCUGCUGGAUGACUGGAAACCAUACAAGCUCAGAAGACUAUACUUUAUUUGGGUAUGCAGAGAUAUCCAGUCCUUCCGUUGGUUUGCAGACUUACUCUGUAUGUUGCAUAACAAGUUUUGGCAAGAGAACAGACCUGACUAUGUUAACAUCCAGCUGUACCUCAGUCAAACAGAUGGGAUACAGAAGAUAAUUGGAGAAAAAUAUCAUGCACUGAAUUCAAGACUGUUUAUUGGACGUCCUCGGUGGAAACUUUUGUUUGAUGAAAUAGCAAAGUAUAACAGAGGGAAAACAGUUGGUGUUUUCUGUUGUGGACCCAAUUCACUAUCCAAGACUCUUCAUAAACUAAGUAACCAGAACAACUCAUAUGGGACAAGAUUUGAAUACAAUAAAGAGUCUUUCAGUUGAAAACUUUUGCCAUAAAGCAGGACUCUAAAGAAGGAAUGAGUGCAAUUUCUAAGACUUUGAAACUCAGCGGAAUCAAACAGCUGUGUUAUGCCAAAGAAUAGUAAGGUUUUCUUAUUUAUGAUUAUUUAAAAUGGAAAUGUGAGAAUGUGGCAAGAUGACAGGUCACAUUACAUGUUUAAUCUGGAAACAAAAGAGACCCUGAAGAAUAUUUGAUGUGAUGAUUCACUUUUCAGUUCUCAAAUUAAAAGAAAACUAUUAGAUGCACACUGUUGAUUUUUAUGGUGGAUUCAAGAACUCCCUAGUGAGGAGCUGAACUUGCUCAAUCUAAGGCUGAUCGUCGUGUUCCUCUUUAAAUUGUUUUUGGUUGAACAAAUGCAAGAUUGAACAAAAUUAAAAAUUCAUUGAAGCUCAAA